AUGUCGACGACAAUAGUGCUCACCGGGUCUCUGGAUGCCAAAGUAUCUAGACCCGUCUUUCUGGGCGUUCUAUGGACAUUCACCGCAUCCUCGACGGUCUUCGUUGUGGCUCGCGUUGUUAUCCGACUGAAGACCUUCCGACGACUAUUUGUUGACGACCUAUUUGUGCUGCUCGCAUGGAUCCUCUCCGUCAUUACGGGCAUUGUUUGGCGCAUCAAAGCGCCGGUACUGUACGAGCUAUAUGCGCUUAGCGCUGGCAAAGCAACCUUCACGCCCGAUGUGAUACCGCAGUUGGACGCAUUGAUGCGAUUCGAGGCUCCCUUCAUGUUCCUCUUCUACACCACCUUAUGGUGUGUGAAGCUUUCUUUUAUGGCCUUCUUUUAUAAGCUAGGAUCCAAGAUUGAUACUCAUCGCAAGUGGUGGUGGGUCGUUUUGAUUAUUACAUUGGUCGUCUGGGUCAUUUCCGUUGGGGACAUUGACUACCAAUGUAGUCUCGGAGGGAUUGAAUUUAUCUUUGAACAAUGCAACAAGCCGUAUCACAUCCGCUGGCAGAAUGGGACCUUCUGGGCUAACUGUGCCGGAGACGUCAUCACAGAUCUACUCAUCCUCUCAAUUCCCACCCUUAUCGUAUGGAACGUCCGAGUCUCAUUCACCAAGAAACUGAUCCUCUUGGGUAUCUUCGCCACGACAAUCAUCAUCGUAGCCGUGGCCAUCAUUCGUGUCGUCACUAACCACGCCCUCGAUCACAACAUGGAUAUGACCUGGCUCUGGAUGUGGAGUUUCAUUGAAAUGGGCACAGCAAUUAUGAUCUCCUGUGUCGCCUCCUUCCGGCAACUCUUCGUCACAUCGCAGAAUCAGCACCUAUACGGCCAAUCCGCCUAUCAUUCCCCAGGAAAUCCCUUGCUGAUGGCCUUACGAUCAAGGCAGACUAGUGCACAUGCCGGAGGCGAUAAGCCCUGGCGGGACUACGGCGAUAGCUACUCACAGAAGAGCGAGACAGCUUUUGUUGUGGUCGACCAUGUGCAUUCCCAGGAGCGGAGCGAGGUCACCAGUAUAAGGACAGAGAGCGAUGCUGGUAGAGGGCGCUUUGUGGAGCAUGUCAGCUUGUAG